CAUUCUUCCGGUCUGUGAAGCCAAAAUAAAAUAGUUGUUGGCUUGGUUUGAUUGUUCUAGCAAAAUAUUCUAUACUGUAGGAUGAUGAUAGUGUUAGGUUGAUUGAUAUUGACAAGUCAAAUGAUACAACAAUGUCGUUGCUGUUGCCAGAAUUUCAGGAAAAAGAAAGCCAGUUUCAAAACAUGCAGGUAGACCUUCAGAAUAAGGGGUCAGUUCUUUCAAAAGCCUGGUCUGAUUUGUUUCGUUUCAUCACCAAUUAUCAGGCGCAACUCACACUGAAAGAAAAUGCUCUGGAGCUGGCGGAAAAGGAAAUUGAAAUACAGAAGAAGCAGUUGGAGGAAUUUAAGCCCAUGAUUGAAGCAGCCAAUAUACAAGCGUGGCAGGUGGUACAGUUGCAAGAACAAUGUCUAUCAAAAGAGAGACUUUUAAACGAAGCAAAGUGUGAGGUGAAGGAGAUAGAAAAGAAGUUCCAGUAUAUGCAGUCCGAGUUAGACAGCAAUAGAGAACUAUUUGAACAGUCAAAGAAAGAGCUUCAGUGUAGAAACACACAGCUAUUGCUGAGCAAGCAAGAUGCAGAUCAUCAUGCAACACAAUCUAAGAUAUACGUGGACCAGUUGGCAAUUCAGAACAGUCUGGUGAAGAAGUUUCAAAGUCAGGUGACGAAAUUGGGAAUGGAAAAUGCUGAGCUGAGGCAAAAGCUUGAGGCUGAAAUCUCCAAGAGAAAGACUGGAUCAAAUAAAACAUCUUUUGAAAUAUCUGCCACAGAUGCAGUGGUUGAUCACGCACACUCGCCAGUGCCCGACAACGAUAAUACUCAAGAAAACAUUGACUCGGACGACCAAAUCACUGGCUUUGAGCCACCUAUUAAGCGUGAGAAACUUGAUCCAGACAUUAGAAUGACCCCAUCUCUGGUUUCUGAUGCGUCAAAUUUACCACAGGAACCAUUCCAGUUUUCAGUCAUUUCACCUUCAGCGUCUUCAGAAUCCCGAAAUAAGAAAGUUUUUUCUAAAACAUGGACUCCUGUCUCAGCACAAGAUGCUGAGGAGGAUGAGGAGGCCGAGACGUUAUUGAAUGCAGCAAGUGAUGUUUACUUCCCAUUGUCUGUGGCAGACGACAGUAAGAGUUCAUUGAUGUUGCCCAGUGGUGUGAUGGAUGAUGUAGUAGACCAAUCUUUGCUGGGGAACAGCGGAGCAUAUGAGAACCCUGUGCCAAUCUCUGAACCGAUUCCAAGUAGUGAAAUGACAGGAGAAGUGAAGACAAAGCCAGGGAUGUCCGUUGAGUCGGCACUGGGUGGACUGGACACAGUCAUGAUCAAAAGUGAAGUGUUUAAUCCUGAUCAAGAUGAUGUGGGGCCGUCGACAAGUGGUAUGUGCAAGGAUGACUCAUCCGGUGAGGAGUCUGGGUCAGUGUAUGCACCGUCGGGGGAGGAGUACACAGACACGGAUAUCGACGAACCCAAUGAUGGGGGACAAAGGGAAAUGAAUACUGACAUUGUCAAAAGUGCUGAUAAAAGUGAUAAGAAAAGCAAUGAAAAACUAAAACCGGCUGUGGAAAAAAACCAAGAAGACAAGGACAAAAAGACAGGAUUUCAGUGUAAAUAUUGUGGACUCAGCUUAGCUCGGAAAGAUGGGUUAAUUCGCCACUUGAAAUUACAUACCGGGGACAUGGUACCGUGUCCACAGUGUCCAAGGAAAUUCUUCUCUGAGGCAGAGGUACGAAAACAUAUGCAUUAUCACGAAAAUCCUUCAUAUUAUGAAUGCAAGAUAUGUUUCCGCGACCUGAAGUCGCGAUCAGGACUGCGCGAGCAUAUGAGGAAUCAUACUGGAACUUACAUGUAUCAGUGCGACAAGUGUGAUAAGGGGUAUAAUAAUAUGUCGUCUUUUAAGAUGCACCAGCGUCGUCAUGAUAAUAUAAAGCCCCAUGUGUGCGAACACUGUGGGAAGGCCUUUACACUGAGCAGUGACCAGAGACGCCAUAGUGAAAUCUGCGUCAAUCCUGAGCCACAGCAUCAGUGUAAUAUCUGCGGCACUCGCUUGAAAGGUUUGAGGUCUCUCAAGACGCAUAUUUUAGCUCACGACGAAUCAAAUCGAGUUUGCUGUGAACAUUGUGGCAAGUCGUAUUAUGCCAAUAAUACUUUAAUGCGACACAUUAGGCAACGCCAUCCUGAAAAGGUGGAACCCAAGUAACCACGAGGUGGUACUGGAAUACAUUAUAUGUACAUGUAACAAAUAGUUCUUUACAUCCAGUCAUAACUUAUAUCAUUUCUUGGUGUGAACUAAGUCUGAGAGUAAAUUCAUAUGUUGCACUAUUAUUUUUUGGCAUACCGUCAUCAGCUUCAUCGUGAAAUCAUAAAACCAGGCUAGAGGUGUUCCUAAUUCGGUAUCGGAGUACAUAAUCUCAGUUUCUGGGUACAAAUUAACUAGGGUUGGGAUUACAAAACAUAUUUAAUGUUUUACAUGCAAAUGUAUUAAAGAACAUAUUUUUUAGGUAUUGCUGUAAAGCUAUUUAUUAUUGUUUAAUAAAAGUU